AUGGCCGCCAAAGCUCUCAAGAUCGCCGUCAUCCCCGGCGACGGCAUCGGCACCGAGGUCAUGCCGGCAGGCGUCCGCUGCCUCGAGGCCAUCGGCAAAGUGUUCAACAUCGCCUUCGAGUUUGAGUGGUUCGACUUUGCCAGCUGCGCCUACUACCAAACCCACGGCACCAUGCUCCCCGCCGACUGGAAGGCCACCCUGCAGCGCUUCGACGCCAUCUACUUUGGCGCCGUCGGCCUCCCCGCCGUCGUUUCCGACGACGUCUCCCUCUGGGGCAGCCUUCUGCGCUUCCGGCGCGAGCUCGACCAGUACGUCAACCUGCGCCCCUGCCGGCUCAUGCCCGGCGUGCCCAGCCCGCUCGCCGGCCGCAGCCCCGGCGACGUCGACUUCCUCGUCGUCCGCGAGAACACCGAGGGCGAGUACAGCUCCGUCGGCGGCACCAUGUUCGCCGGCACCGACCGCGAGCUCGUCGUCCAGGAGACCAUCAUGACGCGCGUCGGCGUCGACCGCAUCGCGCGCUACGCGUUCGAGCUCGCGAGCCGCCGGCCGAGGCGCCACCUCACCAGCGCGACCAAGAGCAACGGCAUCUCCAUCACCAUGCCUUACUGGGACGCGCGCGUCGCGGAGAUGGCGAAGGGGUUCCCGGAGGUAAGCGUGGACAAGUACCACAUCGACAUCCUGGCGGCGCACAUGGUGCAGCGCCCGGACGCGUUCGACGUCAUCGUGGCCAGCAACCUCUUCGGCGACAUCCUGUCGGACCUGGGCCCGGCGUGCGCGGGCACCAUCGGCAUCGCGCCCUCGGCGAACAUCAACCCGACGGGUGAGUUCCCGAGCCUGUUCGAGCCGGUGCACGGCAGCGCGCCGGACAUUGCGGGCCGCGGCGUGGCGAACCCGGUGGGCAUGAUCUGGGCAGGGCAGAUGAUGCUGGAGCACCUCGGGCACGAGGAGGCGGCGGCGGCGCUGCUCCGCGCCAUCGAGGCGGUGCUGGCACGCUCUGAUCCGGUGGUCAUGACGCCGGAUAUGGGCGGCAAGGGUACGACGAAGAGAUUCGGCGACGAGGUCGAGCGGGAGAUUCUGAGGGCGGGCGGCCAGGCAGCGCCGAGCACGAGCAACUCGUAG